CGACAUCUUUGUGAACGCCAAUAAAUAAAUUGUAGAAAUAAUUUAUUUUGAAUAACAUUUUUAAUAUCACGCGUUAUGAUUAAAAAGCUGAAAACCAUUGCGAUUAAACUUGGAAUUAGGCGUCCUCCUCAGCCUGUACAACGAUUCAUACCUGUAGGCGCAAUCUCAAAAGAGAUUUUUCCAGUUGAAGGAUAUCCCUUGAGGAAACUUUAUGGUAGGAAUAAAGUCACAACCACAAAAUACACAUGGUAUAGUUUCUUUUUUCAAAAUCUUGGGGAACAAGCCCAGAGAAUCGCGAACUUCUAUUUUAUCAGUCUUGCUAUCAUCCAGUUGUUCACAGACUCUCCCGUAUCUCCAACUACAUCGAUAAUUCCAUUAUUUUUUGUGCUAUCAGUGACUAUGAUCAAACAAGGCUACGAAGACUUUCUGCGACUUAAGGCAGAUAGAGAGAUAAAUCAUAUUCCUAUCGAGAUAGUUACUGAGAAUGGUCAUCUAACAACUGUAAAAUCUAUGGAACUUGAAGUUGGAAACAUAAUCUUAUGCAGAAAUAACUCCUCAUUUCCUUGUGAUAUGAUCUUGCUAAGUUCAAGCGAACCCAGUGGAGAAUGUUUCGUUACAACUGCGAGUUUAGAUGGCGAGACAAACUUGAAAAAAUUUGAGGUGGCUGGUCAUACAAAUAAAUUUGAUACACCAGAGUCGCUUGCUUCUGAACUAAAAGGUUACAUAAUUUGUCAACAACCGGUAGAAGAUCUAUAUACCUUUAGUGGCCGUAUUUGCCUGAAGAACUCAAUUGAAGAUACGGCCACUAAAGAUUAUCCACUUGGACCUAAAAAUCUACUACUGAGAGGAGCAUGUCUUCGUAAUACUGAUUAUGUAUAUGGUUGUGCUGUCUAUACGGGCCGUGAUACAAAAUUGGCCCUAAAUUCAAAGGGAAAAACUACGAAAUUUUCACAAGUUGAAGGAAGGCUCAACUUUUACCUCUUCUUCAUUUUGGCAUUUCUGGCUUUUAGUGUGAUCGUCUCCAUUAUUCUGAGUUUAGUUCUAGGCCAUCCGAACGCCUGGUACCUACCACCAGAAAGGAGGAAUGCUUGGAACGUUUUUCAAGAACUUUUAGGAUUCGUUGUUUUAUACAAUUAUAUAAUCCCGAUUUCCUUGUAUGUUACAAUAGAAAUGCAAAAAUUUAUUGGUUCCUUAUUUUUUGAAUGGGAUUUAAACUUAUAUGACGAGAGGAUAAAUGAAAGAGCUAAAGCUAACACUUCAGAUCUAAUUGAAGAAAUGGGUCAGGUUGAAUAUCUCUUCACUGACAAAACUGGUACAUUAACAGAGAAUUCAAUGCAAUUUCGUCGACUAGCCACAUCUAUGGGUGUUUUUCACUUUGAAAAUAAUGGUUUGUUUCGUUACACAGAUUCACCUUUGAGUGUAUACGGUACGGACAGAGAAGCUGUCAGAACUCCAGUCAGUCGAGAGAAUCAAGAAGAGUUGGAUGAAUUUUCAGAAGCUGUACAAUUAAGAACAAUAACCGACUCCUCUAGUCAAUCACCUACGGUAAAUAGUGUACAAACACUAUUGCUUCUACUUUCAUUAUGUCAUACUGUACGAGUUGAAAGAAAUGUACCGAUGGAUUUAUUUUCAAAGACAGAAUUGAAUAAUUUAGGUAAUGAUAAAGCACCACGUCGUGGUAGUAGUGCAAUGAGAAGAGCAUCAGCAGCGCGUGCAGCAAGUGUAGCGUUUCGUUCAUCCAGAAGAGGAAGGAAGGUGAAGACGCAAGAUUAUGAAUACCAAGCCUCAUCUCCUGAUGAAAAAGCAUUCGUGGAAACAUGUCGUGAUUUAGGCAUAGUAUAUCAUGGUUCAGAUGAAAGUGGAUUACUAGUAGUUACAAUUCAAGGUGAAGCAGUGAGAUAUCGUUUAUUAGAUGUGCUUGAAUUUGAUGCAACAAGAAAAUGUAUGUCAGUAGUUGUACAGUUUGUACCAAAUGAAAGUGGUGAAUUUGAAUCAUUAAAUUCUUUAGUUCUUAUUUUAUGUAAAGGAGCUGAAACAAGUCUUUUAAGUCGAGUUAGUCAUUUGGAACAACCUAACAAUUUUAAAACGUAUGGAGAUCCUUUAGGUGAUAGUUUCUGUGGAACAAAUGGAUUAAAAUUACGUAUGGAUUCUGAACAAGUUAUGAAACAAGUGACUGAAUUUGCAACUUUAGGUUUACGUACAUUAGUUAUGGGUAUACGAUUAAUUACUAUUGAAAAAUGGAAUGAAUUAAAAAUUAAACUUGAUAAAGCAAGAAGUAUAGUUAAUGAAAGACGUCAAAAAGAAUUAAUGACAGCUUAUAAUGAAAUUGAAAAAAAGCUCACAUUAAUUGGAUGUACUGGUAUAGAGGAUAUGCUUCAAGAAGGUGUUCCUGAAACUAUAAAAGCACUUCGAGAGGCUGGAAUUAAAGUAUGGGUACUUACAGGUGAUAAAGAAGAGACUGCUGUUAAUAUUAGUUAUUCAGCUGGACAUUUUUAUCCUGGUAUGCAAGAAAUUCGUGUUACCAAUUUUGAUGAUACAGUAAAAUGUGGAAGUUUUUUAAAAAGUCAAAUCGAACGUAUCAAAGAAUCAAAAAUGUAUGACGCUGACACUCAAUUCGGUAUUGUUAUAGAUGGUCAAUCAUUAAACUAUGCUCUUGUGGAACCAAUAAGAUCAUUACUUACCCAAUGUUGUCUUGAAUCAACAACUGUAUUAUGUUGUCGUUCAACACCAUUACAAAAAGCUGAAGUAAUACGUUUAAUUAAAGAAAGUCGUAAAUCUAUACCAAUUACAGCUGCUAUAGGUGAUGGUGCAAAUGAUGUAUCAAUGAUAUUAGAAGCACAUAUUGGUUUUGGUAUUUAUGGUAAAGAAGGUAGACAAGCAGUUAGAGCAUCGGAUUAUGCAUUUGGACGUUUUCAUUAUUUAAAAACAGUACUAUUAAUACAUGGACAUAAUUUUUAUCAACGUGUCUCUAUAUUAGUAUUAUAUUUUUUUUAUAAAAAUUUAAUAUUUACAUUACCACAAAUGUUUUAUGGUUUCUUUUGUGCUUAUUCACAACAAUCUAUAUAUCCACAAUUAUAUUUAAUCUUAUUUAAUUUAAUUAUGACAUCAUUACCUAUACUAUUAUAUGGUAUCUUUGAAAUAUCAAUCCCUAAAAGUAUCCUAUUAGAAUUCCCUGUUUUAUAUAAAGGUAUAGCUAAUAAUAGUAUUUUAUCUAAUAGACGUUUUAUUAUAUGGAUUAGUUUAGCUUGUUGGCAUGCAUUUAUUGCAUUUUUUGGUUCAUAUUUUUUAACAUUUCAAGGUCAAGGUAAUGAUAAUGGUUUAUCUAAAUUAGGUAAUUUAUUUUGUUUUGGUAAUUUUAUUAUUUUUAUAAUAUUUCUUAUUGUUAAUAUUAAAGUAUUACUUAUAAGUUAUUACUUAAAUUGGAUUGUAUUAUUAAUAUGGUGUUUAGCAUUUAUAGUUAAUGUUUUAAUAUUAUUAAUAUGUAAUGUAGUAAUAUUUCCUACAGAACUUGGUAAACAAUUAUAUGGUACAUAUACAAUUACAUGGACUGGUUCUGGUUCUGGUUUAACAUGGUUUGGUAUAUUUUGUUUAACAAUAUUAGCAUUAAUACCUGAUUUAAUAAUACGUACUAUUGAAGAUCAAGGUUGGCAAUGGAGAAUAAAUAAUUUAAGAGAAGAAUUAAAAAAAAAACAAAAAGAAUCAAAAACACAAACAAGAACAUCAAUACGUGUAUCAAUUAUGUCAAAACAAUAUGAUGAAUUAGAUGAUAUUGAAGAAAAAGAUGAAAAUAUCUAUGAUUAUACAAAACCAGUACUUGAUGAAUUACAAAACCGGCCAAUAGAUGAUAAAUCAAUUUAUUCUAUACCAAAUAAUGCAAUAAAUUCAUUAACCAAUAGACCAUCCAUGACAUAUGGUCAACCAAAUAAAAUUUUAAACAUUUGUGAUGCUCUUUCAUCGGAUACAAAUACUUUUACAAUCAAUUCAACAAAUAUCAAUACUGCUGCUAUAACUACAAUGAAUAAUCCUAGAAGACAUUCUUUAACAAAUCUUAUCACUAUGCCUAAUCCUAUUCAAAUUAAUUCUUCUGCACUAAGUGUACCUAGAUUAUAUGAAAAUAAUGUUGAUACUUUAAAUGAUAAUAAUCUAUUGACAAGAUUUUAA